CACACCUUAACUGCCAUGGGAGUUGUGGAAAUGUCAAAUAACCACCCCGCUUCUCGCCCCGUCGACUCCUUUCCCUCUCCGGCUCUCUCCCUUAGUCUCGCCGGGAUAUUUCGAGAUGCGGCGGCGGUAAGGGCCGGGAACGCCGCCGACGCGGAGACGGCGGAGGAAGGGAGCGCCAGAGGACGGCGAGAAGAGACGGUGGAGAUUAGCAGCGAGAAUUACGGCCCCGCUAGAUCGCGCUCAGACGAUGAUUUCGACGGCGAUAGGGAGCACGACGAUAAUUACAACGAUGAAGACGACGAUAACGCCAAGAAGAAAAAGAGGAAAAAAUAUCACAGGCACACCGCCGAGCAAAUUAGAGAAAUGGAAGCGUAUGUACUCAAUUCUCCAGUCAGAUCCAAGAAGGAUAAGCUUAGCGUAGUUCUCACCUUCGCCGGAAAAAAUGGUAGCUCGCCGGAGAACAUGAAAUAGGGUUGGUCAGGAUACUACACACAGGGCUAUGGUUUUUAACCAUAGGCGGCAUUUAGCCACAAUUUGUAUUCAUCAUUCA